AUGAGCGCCUCCUCCCCUGCUCUCCGCAGCGUCGCCGGCGGUGCCGCACGCCACCUACAGCAAUGCUCCUACUCAUCAACAGCGGCCGCGGCCGCCGCCGCGGCUGCUCCCAGGCAUCUCAUGUCCAUUGCCGACCUCGCGCCGGCCGAGUUUGCGAACCUCGUCAGACUCGGCGCGGCGCGCAAGACGCAGGUCAAGUCGGGCGCGGUGCCGGCGACGCUCCGCGACGGGCUGGCGGGCCAGACGGUCGCCAUGCUGUUUAGCAAGCGCAGCACCCGCACGCGCGUGUCGACAGAGGCGGCCGUCACGAUGCUGGGCGGGCAUCCCAUGUUUCUGGGCAAGGAUGACAUUCAGCUAGGUGUGAAUGAGUCGCUGUACGACACGUCAAAGGUCAUUUCGUCCAUGACCUCGUGCAUGGUCGCUCGUGUCGGCCCGCAUUCCGACGUCGCCGGACUGGCCAAGGACUCGAGCGUGCCCGUCAUCAACGCCUUGUCAGAUGACUUUCACCCCUUGCAAACGAUUGCCGACUUCCUGACAAUGCACGAGACGUUUGCCUCGUCGAGCGCCACGUCUGGCGGCAGUCUCGGCCUCGAGGGCCUCAAGGUUGCCUGGGUCGGCGACUCCAACAAUGUGCUCUUUGACCUGGCCAUUGGCUGCGUCAAGAUGGGCGUCGACAUUGCCGUCGCCUCGCCCAAGGGCUACAGCAUCCCAGACACCAUGCGGGCCCUCAUCAACGCCGCCGCGCAGGGCGUCGCCUCGCCGGGCAAGCUGACGGAGACGACGGUGCCGGAGGAGGCCAUCAGGGACGCCGACGUGCUGGUGACGGAUACCUGGAUCUCCAUGGGCCAGGAGAGCGAAAAGCAGAAGCGCCUGGAUGCAUUUGCCGGCUACCAGAUUACGAAUGACUUGGCUAAGCGCGGUGGCGCCAAGGAGGGCUGGAAGUUUAUGCACUGUCUGCCACGACACCCAGAAGAGGUUGCGGACGAGGUGUUUUACAGCCCGAGGUCUUUGGUCUUCCCCGAAGCCGAGAAUCGACUGUGGGCUGCCAUCGCCGCGCUAGAAGGCUUUGUUGUCAACAAGGGCAAGUUUUAG